AUGGCCCUGUUGAAAUCUAGCAAGAUCAUUUCUACCGUCGGCGUUCACCCUCCAUUGGGUGUCCUCUCUAUUCGUGCCAGGUACAUAUUCUGCUCUUAGAGUACUGCUUUAUUGUUGUUUUAUUGACUAGUCAGCUAGCUAGCUAGGCUGACAACCAUAAGAUAGACAACUAGUGUAGAGCUGGCAAGCAUACUAGUUCUAGCUAGCUAGCAGACGACCCAUUGACUUUCCCCUCAAAGGGAGCAGGCUACUAGUUAGCCAACUCAAGACAUAUGAACAGCUAGCUAGUUUUCACAGCCAUGUCCAUGUAGUUACUAUGUUAGUCCAAGCAUCUAGCUAGUCAAUGAUGUAGCUAGAUACCGGAUUUCAUUAGCCUUGUGAGGCUGGUUGGCAUUUGCAACCUCAAACAAACCAAGGUUGUUCAGUGGCUGGCUAAACUUAAAGCUAACGUUGUCAAGGUAACUAGGAAUGGAUCCAGUGAUGUGUUUUGGCAGGUAAGUUAACUGGUUAGCUGUCAAUACUUCAUAUUCUUUCUUAUGAUUUAUAGUAGUGCUGGCAAAAGAGCAAGAACUUGGAGGAGUUGAAACCUGCCUUGUUAGCUUGCUACACACAAAUAUUUAUAUAUGACUGUGCUAAAGUCACAAAACACUAGCGAGCUAGCUUGUAUUCCAUGUAGCUAGAAGCUAGUUGGCUGGCCAUGCUAGCUAGUGAUGUUCCCCCUCCACAUGACUGGUCAAGCAUGUUUCAUUACUGUACUGCUGAUGACUAGCUGCCCACUGAAAGAUAGCUAGCUAGGCCCAUGAAAUUAAGUUUAAUUGAUGCAAUAAAUGAUGUAGGCCUAUGGACAGAAAUAUUGCAGGAUUACUGAAUGUCAUCCUUGCAACAUUAGUGGUUGGUUGUUGAUGCACAAGCUAUCCAGUAUGAGUAUUCUUGUGUGUGAAAGCACACAAUCUCAAGUUGAGAUUGUUAGGGGAUUACCACCUAAUUUGGAUUGAAUCCUGCUUAGUGCAAAGGUAUCAGACAAUUUAAUUGGAUGUAAAUCGAGUUGAUGCAACUCUGUGAAGUAGACAGUAAAUAUAUUCUACUGCGUGUCUCAAUCUCCCUCCCUGACUGUUUCAGCUCAUGGUGGUCCGAGGUGCAGAUGGGUCCCCCUGACCCAAUCCUGGGGGUGUCGGAGGCCUACAAGCGUGACACCAACCCCAAGAAGAUGAACCUGGGUGUAGGAGCAUACCGUGAUGACCAGGGCAAGCCAUAUGUCCUCAGCUGUGUUCGCAAAGUGUGUUCAAUCACUGCUUGAUGUUUAUGAUAACUAAUUUAAUUAUAUCCAUCAUAACAUGAGAAACUCCAGACUUUCACAAGAGACUAGAAGUUAAACAGACGUCAGCCUAGCUGUCUAUAAUCACCUUGACACUGAGAACAACUUUACUAAAAACCUUGGCUUGACUUUGACCCUGUGUAUACUUAGGCUGAAGCUCAGAUUGCUGCAAAGAAGCUGGACAAAGAAUACCUGGCUAUUGGCGGUCUGGGGGACUUUACCAAGGCAUGCGCCAAGCUGGCUUUGGGAGACGACAAUGAGGUUAUCAAGAGUGGCAGGGUAAAUCUUUCCCGGAACCUCAGACAUCCUGAUUCCACAGCACAGAUUUAGAAGCCUUAUUUUGACGGUUUGUUGUUUAUUCCCUGUUCACAGAACAUCACUGUCCAAACUAUUUCUGGAACUGGGUCCUUGAGAAUCGGAGCCAACUUCCUGGUAAGAGCCCUGUUCCUUUUGCCUUUUUACAGAUGGGUAGUUCCAUGGUAACAUAGUGAUGCUGAGACUCAGAUUUUUCACUUUAAAAUGUAUGUUAAACAAAAAACAAUGAUUGCGAAGUUAAACUCUAUGCACAAUAACUACUUUUAACAAUUUCCACAGAAUAUUGUACAAAAACACAUUUACUUGAAGAACAGUGCAGAUGCAAAAUUUGGUAACAGAAUGACGGUUUGUGCUGUUUGUGCUGUAAUUCUGUUACCAAACUUUGCAUCUGCACAAGCUUAUUAAUGAACGUCUAUUAUUUUCCCCACUCUCUUCGUUCCUGCACCCGUCCCUCAGUCCCGUUUCCAUACAGGAGCCAGGGAUGUGUAUCUGCCCAAGCCCUCCUGGGGGAACCAUACACCCAUCUUCAGAGAUGCUGGGAUGCAACUGAAGGCAUACACCUACUAUGACCCAAAGACCUGUGGCUUUGACUUCCAGGGAGCUCUGAAUGACAUCUCUGUAAGACAUGGCACAGAAGCCUAAUCUCCCCAUGUCAAUGUGUAGAGAAAGUACAAUAAACUGCUAGAUAAUUGUAUGUCCAUGUAUUAUAGAUGGAAUUGUUUGUAUUGUUUCCUCUUAUUCAGAAAAUCCCUGAGAAGAGUGUCAUCAUGCUUCAUGCCUGUGCCCACAACCCCACAGGAGUGGACCCUCGGCUAGAACAGUGGAAGGAGAUUGCUGACCUGGUGAAGGUAAACACAGCUGAAUAUAAAGUUCUCAGUUGCCCUCUGACACCUCAUUCGAUCCACCAACCAGGCCAAAAUAUAUAACAAGUUCUCUUAUAAUUUUCAUUAUUCCAGAAAAGGAACCUCCUGGUGUUCUUUGACAUGGCCUACCAGGGCUUUGCCAGUGGUGAUAUUGACCGUGAUGCCUGGGCUGUACGUUAUUUUAUUGAGCAAGGCCACAACAUUGUGCUUUCUCAGUCGUUUGCUAAGAACAUGGGUCUCUAUGGUGAGUAAUGAUAAUCACACUGGUCAUGUUUGAGUAUAAUGUUGGGGGAAAAACCCAAAUAUUUUUUAUUUAAUCUAAGCAACAUACCUUGUGUGGUGGUGUGCUAUGUCCUCAGGUGAGCGUGUUGGGGGCUUCACUGUUGUGUGUAAGGAUGCUGAGGAGGCCAAGCGUGUGGAGUCCCAGCUGAAGAUCCUAAUUCGGCCCAUCUACUCCAACCCUCCCAUGAAUGGGGCACGCAUCGCUGCCACCAUCCUCAAUACACCAGAUCUGUACAAAGAGUGGUGAGUAACAGCCAUCCACAGUGUCAUACUUCAAUUGUCUCACAGCCAACCUAAUAAAUAUGGGCCCAGUUGAGUCACGACUGUUCUCUCCCUAGGCUGAGGGAGGUGCAUGGCAUGGCCAACCGCAUCAUCACAAUGAGGGAACUGUUGGUGGCCAACCUGAAGAAGGAGGGCUCCACUCGGAACUGGAAGCACGUCGUCGACCAGAUUGGCAUGUUCUGCUUCACAGGGCUGAAGCCUGAACAGGUAGAGUAACUGUCUCUACAUGGUCUCAUACUAUAGUAUGUGAUUUCCAUCAGGUCACCUACUUGUAAAGGAAUCAUCAGAUGAAACAUUGGCUAUACUAUAAGUAUCAGAUGAGAGUCAUGAGUAUAACUGUAUUUCAACUUGUGCAGGUGGAGCGCCUUACGAAGGAGUUUUCCGUCUACAUGACAAAGGAUGGGCGUAUCUCCAUGGCUGGUGUCACCUCUGGCAACGUGGGUUACCUUGCACAAGGUAUCCAUGCAGUGACCAAGUGAGAUGGUCGACCAGGAGUCACACCGUAGUCACCACCAGAGGACAGAGAGGGGCGUUAGCGUCAGACAAGAAAAAUACAAAUCCUUAUGUAAAUUAACUCUCUCCUCAGCUUUCCUUUAGGGAAAGACUCAAAAGUAAGAAGAUACCAUGGUGUUAUUUCUGUUGGCAUUUUCUGUUGGCAUUGUCUAGAUACUGUAUGUUGGACCAUCUGUAACUAGGCUUUUAAUUGAGUCCCCUGGAAACAUUGUGGGUUCCCUGGAAAAUAAAUCAAGGAAUUCUUGAAUCUUUUUUGACCCCCCUCAGACAUCAAAAUAUCUUAUAGAUCACACUUCCCAAUGAAAGCACAAGUUUAGAAUCAUGUUGUCUAUAUUGCAGCAAGUCCUCUCACUUAGUUUGAACACACCUUGUCUCUAUAAGAACUGUGCUCAACUGUUGGUUGUAACAUGGAACACCAAAGUAAUAAGGAUUAAGACAAUUAUUUCAGGUAAUUGUAUUGAAAUAUGUGUCUCUGAAUUAUUCAUUAUUAACUUACGAAGUAUCUUUCAAAAAAUAUAUCAGGUGCUGCAAAACUUGGUAUCAACUUUGUCAGUGGAACCUGUCUAGGUGAUGCUAGUGGAGUCAUGGAACUUGUUUUAUGAGGGAUGAUAUGUGCUGCAUGGAGUCACUGAUUGUGAUUAUCAACUGGCCACAAUGUGUGCUAAGGAUGUUAUUUUGCUGUUGUAAUUUAUUGUAACGGAUGACCAGUCUACCAAUCCACUACCACAUCUCCCACUAAUGCUGUACCAUAGAAUUGAAUAUAACUGUUUUAUAUCUAUGGGCUGUAUACUGUAUGAACUGUUUUGACUCAAUUUCAGGAGCAUGAAGGGAGUUUUUCUGCUUGCACAUUGCCUUGUAAACAUGCCCCCUCAUGUGCUUCACCAUCAUUGAAAGUCAAAUGUAAUGCACCUUAAGAUGCCCUCUGACUUUGAGUGGUGUACAUUUCUGAUGGGCCAUGGAAAGCAGAGUCCAGGCAACCUGUAACACGCACUUGCCCUCAAAGCCAAGCACUGGCUUGAAAUUCAGACUUAUGGUUUUUACUUUGUGUUGUGAAAGAUUAAUGGUGGGUUCCACCUUGUAGAUUAUG